AUGGCAAUGGGAGUGCCAUCAGUGACCAACCAAUUGAUAAUGGGCUCUUGGACUGAGAAAGGUGGACUGGAGAACGACGAACUGGUAAUGGAGGGGAAGAACGUGGCAGAUGCCAGUGAGCUCUUGGUCAUGGCGGAGACGAAGCGCGAGCAGAGCAUGUUUGGCUGGCUGCGAGUCCAGAUCAAGGCACACGAGCUUCGCACCAAGAGCAAGACUGAGCUGCUUCGUCAGCUGGACGACUACCAGCAGGAGCUCGCCCAGCUUCGUGUGUCCAAGGUCAUUGGCGGCGCUGCCUCCAAGCUGAGCAAGAUCGGCGUCGUCCGCAAGUCGAUUGCUCGCGUGUUGACGGUGUACAACCAGAACCAAAAGGCCAAACUUCGCGCUGCUCUUGGCAGCAAGAAGCACGUGCCUCUGGAUCUACGCCGCAAGAAAACGCGCGCUAUUCGCCGUCAGCUCUCCAAGCACGAGAAGUCGAUCAAGACUCUCAAGCAGCAAAAGAAGGAGUCGUACUUUCCCAAGCGUCGCUACGCUCUUAAGGCGUAA